AUGCUGUGUGGGCUCAGCCGGGAGACCCCUGGAGAGGCGGACGAUGGGCCUUACUCCAAAGGAGGCAAGGACGCAGCAGGGGCUGAUGUGGCUCUGGCGUGCCGCAGGCAGAGCAUUCCAGAAGAGUUCCGAGGGGUCACCAUGGUGGAGCUGACCAAGAAGGAAGGCAGCACGCUGGGCCUGACCAUCUCGGGUGGCACCGACAAGGAUGGGAAGCCCAGGGUCUCCAACCUGAGGCCUGGGGGGCUCGCAGCCAGGAGUGACCUGCUGAAUGUGGGCGACUACAUUCGGUCAGUGAAUGGGAUCCACUUAACCAGGCUCCGCCACGAUGAGAUCAUCACUCUGCUCAAGAAUGUGGGAGAGCGUGUGGUGCUGGAGGUGGAGUAUGAGCUGCCCCCGCCCGCCCCUGAGAACAACCCAGGGAUCGUUUCAAAGACAGUGGAUGUCUCCCUCUACAAGGAGGGCAAUAGCUUUGGCUUUGUCCUCAGAGGAGGUGCCCAUGAAGACGGGCACAAGUCCCGGCCGCUCGUCCUGACCUACGUGCGGCCCGGCGGCCCUGCCGACAGGGAGGGCUCCUUGAAGGUGGGGGACAGGCUACUCAGCGUUGACGGGAUCCUGCUGCAUGGGGCCAGCCACGCCACUGCUCUGGCCACCCUGCGGCAGUGCAGCCACGAGGCACUCUUCCAGGUGGAGUAUGAUGUGGCCAUUCCAGACACAGUGGCCAACGCUUCAGGGCCCUUGAUAGUGGAAAUAACCAAGACGCCAGGGUCCGCCUUGGGGAUCUCGCUCACCACCGGCUCCCACCGGAACAAGCCAGUCAUCACCAUCGACCGCAUCAAGCCAGCCAGUGUGGUGGACAGGAGUGGGGCCCUGCAUGCCGGAGACCGCAUCCUGUCCAUCGAUGGCACCAGCACUGAACACUGCUCGCUGCUUGAGGCCACCAAGCUCCUGGCUGGUGUGUCGGAGAAAGUGCAGCUGGAGAUCCUACCUGCGCCCCAGAGUCGGCGGCCCCUGAAGCCCUCAGAGGCAGUGAAGGUGCAGAGGAGCGAGCAGCCACAUCGCUGGGACCCCUGUGUGCCCUCCUGCCACAGCCCCCGGCCCGGCCACUGCAGGACACCCACCUGGGGCACCCCUGCCAGCCAGGACCAGAGCCGAUCCUUGUCCUCAUCUCCCUUUUCCUCGCCGACCCUGAACCACGCCUUUCCCUGCACCAAUCCCAGCACCCUUCCUCGCGGAUCCCAGCCCAUGAGCCCCCGGACCACAAUGGGGCGGAGGAGGCAGCGAAGAAGAGAACACAAGAGCUCAUUGUCGCUGGCCUCCAGCACCGUGGGGCCAGGCGGCCAGAUUGUGCACACAGAGACCACCGAGGUCGUGCUCUGCGGAGACCCCCUCAGCGGCUUCGGUCUCCAGCUGCAGGGAGGCAUCUUCGCCACCGAGACCCUGUCCUCCCCACCCCUCGUGCGUUUUAUUGAGCCUGACAGCCCGGCGGAGAGGUGUGGGCUGCUGCAGGUAGGGGACCGCAUCCUGGCCAUCAGUGGCAUUGCCACCGAGGACGGGACGAUGGAGGAAGCCAACCAGCUGCUGCGGGACGCGGCGCUGGCCCACAAGGUCGUGCUGGAGGUGGAGUUUGACGUUGCCGAGUCCGUCAUCCCGAGCAGCGGCACCUUCCACGUGAAGCUGCCCAAGAGGCGUGGCGUGGAGCUGGGCAUCACCAUCAGCUCGGCCAGCAGGAAGCGAGGGGAGCCCCUGGUCAUCUCCGACAUCAAGAAAGGCAGCGUGGCACACAGGACUGGCACCCUCGAGCCGGGCGACAAGCUGCUGGCCAUCGACAACAUCCGUCUGGACAACUGCCCCAUGGAGGACGCUGUACAAAUCCUGCGCCAGUGUGAGGACCUGGUGAAGCUGAAGAUCCGCAAGGACGAGGACAACUCCGAUGAACAGGAGACCACGGGUGCCAUCAGCUACACGGUGGAGUUGAAACGCUACGGGGGCCCCCUGGGCAUCACCAUCUCAGGCACAGAGGAGCCUUUCGAUCCCAUUGUCAUCUCGGGACUCACCAAGCGUGGCUUGGCUGAGAGGACUGGCGCUAUCCACGUUGGGGACCGUAUCCUGGCCAUCAACAGUGUUAGCCUCAAGGGCCGGCCACUGAGUGAGGCCAUCCACCUCUUGCAGGUGGCUGGUGAGACCGUCACCCUGAAGAUCAAGAAGCAGCUAGACCGCCCCCUCCUACCCCGCAAAUCGGGCAGCCUCAGCGAAACCAGCGACGCGGAUGAGGACCCGCCAGAGGCGCUGAAAGGUGGCCUGCUGGCAGCCCGAUCCUCAUCCACUGUGCCCAGUGUGGACAGCGCAGUAGAGUCCUGGGGCAGCUUGGCCACUGAGGGUGGCUUUGGGGGCCCAGGUUCCUACACUCCGCAGGCGGCAGCCCGGGGCAUGACCCCCCAGGAGUGGCGGUGCAGCCGGCUGAGAAGCAGUCCCCCACCCACCGAGCCCCGGAGGACGAGCUAUACCCCAGCCCCUGCCGACGAGAGCUUCCCCGAGGAGGAAGAGGAGGAGGACUGGGAGCCAGCAGCUAGCCCCACCCCUGGCCCCGCCUGCGAGGAGGGCUUCUGGCGCAUGUUCGGGGAAGCCCUCGAAGACCUGGAGUCAUGUGGUCAGUCGGAGCUGCUGAGGGAGCUGGAGGCAUCCAUCAUGACAGGCACCGUGCAGAACGUGGCCCUCGAGGGCAGGCCUGGCCACCGGCCCUGGAGGAGGAACCAGGAGAUACGAGCUUCCCCAGAAGAAAUGCAGGAGGUGCUGCUGCCGACACCCUUGGAGAUGCACAAGGUGACACUGCACAAGGACCCCGUACGGAGUGACUUUGGUUUUAGUGUCUCAGAUGGCCUCCUGGAGAAGGGCGUCUAUGUCCACACUGUGCGCCCUGAUGGGCCAGCUCAACGUGGGGGUCUCCGGCCCUUUGACAGAGUCCUCCAGGUCAACCACGUUCGCACGCGGGACCUUGACUGCUGCCUGACGGUGCCGCUCCUGGCCGAGGCAGGCGAUGUCGUGGAGCUGGUCAUCAGCCGCAACCCGCUGGCCCAGAGCAGCCGGGCCCCACGAGCACCGGGCCCCAGAGGCCCACGGAUGCUGUGAAGUCAGCACGUGGUCUGGACACCUGGGAAGAUCCUGGCGCCCACACCUGCAGCCAGGCUGAAGAAGUGGCCACCCACUCGUCCAUCUGUCAUCUGGCAGGCUCUGACCAG